CUCUUUCAUAACGAGAGGUUGACUCCAAAGUGGUGUCCCUUGGAAAAAUCGGAAAAAAUUGAAACUUCAACCGUCGGUCUAGAUGACGUAGUAAGAAUGUCGAAGAUUUUGGAUCUUCCGGAAGAGUUAUUCGAGGUCAUCUUCACACUGCUCAUUACCACGCCUACGCGCUGGGCUCACGCCUUACACCGAGCUUCGUUUGUGGCCUGUACAGCGGCUCGCUUGAGACUGGUUUGUCGACAAUGGGCGGACUGGUUAUAUCAGCAUCAUUUAUAUCGGACUUUAACCUUCGACAGUGCCUCCCGGUCGUUGGCGUUUAUCGAGUCCCUGCGUGGUCGUUCGAGAUUGCUGCCACGGGCUAAAUGUCAAUACUUGGAGGUUGAUUUUCUGUGGCCUUCCCAAAAUCCUCCCCGGUCCGGUCAACGAGAUAUGAUCACCUCGGACAUCUUGGAAAGUUUGGUCGGACUCUUCUCGGAUACGAUUCUCACACUCGACCUGAAAUUUGUCGAUUUUUUCACGCUGCCGACUCGAACGAUUGAGGCCAUCGGUCGGAUUGAAAGCUUGGAUAGCCUUCAGCUCGAUCUCUCUCGAUGGCCUUCAGGAGACUUGGGAUUACCUCCACCCGAUCCUAUCUGUUUUAACUCCUUGCUUCUCGAAGCUCAAGGGUUGAAGUCACUUCAUCUGGCCUUACCCGUUUUCCUACCCACACUCGAACCAGGGCGGAUGGUUGGCACUAGUCAGUAUCCAGCAAUUACUCAUCUAGACGUCGAGGUCACUUGCCUGAGUCCAGAUGUCAUCUUGGGCCUUUCGAUUGCACUCAAGCCCAGUCUCAAAUUACUUUCGAUUAAUGAUUUCGGAAGAAGUACGGAUGCCAGGCUGCUGCUGCCGGUUUAUGAAACCCUACGAGGAACGAUUGAAGGCCUAUCGGUGACGAGUACGAGCUCAUUAACUCCCAUCCUCGACCUCACCUUCCCUAAAUUAAGGGUCUUUGCAGUCCAUGACUCCCGGGAUUCUCUCUCCGAUUUAUUGAUUCGACAUCUCUUUUCUCACGCUCCAAUUGAGGCCAUCGCAAUCAGCUCUGAUUCUGCUGAGGGCUCUAAACCCCCUUUCGCCCUUGAUCCGUUUGCAAAUCUACCUCAAUUACAAAAAUUGGUGUUUAUGAAUACUCCUUGCGAUUAUUCACCAGCACCUAUGUAUCUCAAUGCUUGUCAAGUCCAUCACGUCAGAUGUAUCUACCUUGAUCAUAAUGACGUGUCUCUCAUAAUGAAAUUAUGA